AUGGGCUUCGGCGCCUUCGGCUUCGCCGGCUUCGCCCGCGUGAUCCUUGUGGCCGUUGGCUCUGCACGAUGGAUCGGGUCACAGGAAAUCCAGUGGCGCGUGCCCAGCGAUCUCGUCCCCAUGCUGGAGGGCCCACCAUCGGCGUACGAGGAGAACCCGUCCACCCCACAGCUGGCAGUGUCACCUGACGGUCGAUGGCUGGUCAGCGGCGCAGAUCGGGAGGUCUUCACGUGGCGAGCGCCCGAUUGCGUUGUCAGUGCCCAAGCCGCAUCCUGUGCAGCGGAGACCGAGCCGUUGCUCUUGCAACGCUUCGUGCUUCCCUCGAAGCUCCACGUGCUGGGCAUCCUGGAUGACUUGCACCUUGCCCUGGCAACGAAGGACCAUGUGACGAUUUGGAAGUUCAACGACUCUGAACAUGUCGUAGCGACCCUGGACAUCCCAGAGGUUCUCGCUCUGGCGGUGGAAGGAAACUUCAUGCUGCUGGGAUGUCCUGAGGGUCGCUUUCACAUGGUGAAAAGCAAGUACCGGGAUGAUUACCUGGAUGCGGAGCGCUACGUGGCCAUGGGCUUGCCCCACGUGAUUUGGAGUUUCUCUGUGACUCAAGCCUUGAGCGACAAUUACCCUGGAAACUUCGAGAUUACAGCUGUGGCGCUAUGCAAAGGAAACUAUUGGUUCGCGGUCAGUGCUUGGGACCAAUCCAGCUUAACUGGGAUGACGCUGCUGUGGAAGUUGCAUUUGGACAUCAGUCCCAUGAACUUAUCCACCUCUGAUGGCAGCCUGACGACCUUUUUCUCGGACAUCUCCCCUGUCCGCGCCAUGCGGUUUUCGCCUCUGAAAAAUCAGCUGAUCAAGGGCUGCGAGAGCGGCGUGCUCAGCUUCUGGCAACAUUUGCUGACCCGUGAAACGAAGCCCGAGGGCGAACUGGUGCUUCCAUGGCCCGUGCGAUCCCUGGAACUUUCCCCUGAUGCCAACUGGCUAGUGGUCAGCAACCAAGAAGGAUCCGUGCGCUUAUAUCGGGCAGAGUAUUCUGAGAACAUCCAGGAAGCCGCCAGCUUCACCGCAGCUCCUGGUGCCAGCGCCGUGGCCCUGAGCGCGGACCUCGGCUGGCUCCUGGCGACGGCCAAGCCGUCGAAGAUCGCGGCGUGGCCGCUGGCGCUGCGGCGGGCCACGGCGAGCUUCGGCUUUGCGGAAACGACCAGCAACAGCAUUCGGGACAUACUGCUGUCACCUGGAGAGAACUACCUUCUUACAGGUGAUCUCGUUUCGAACAACUCCAGUCCACCGGUGUCUCUCUGGGCAGCAUCCGACGUGGACGCAGAUGAGAAACCCAUCUUGAGCUUGCCGGUGAAGGGCGCCUUUUGCUGCAUGCUGUCGGUGUCUGAUGAUGAGGAGCCCUGGCAAGUGGUCAUCGGCUCCCAUCAUUCUGUCAAUGGCAGUGUGGUGUCUGAGUUGCAACUUUGGAACAUCACAGGGGCUACAGCUGUAGCCACCCUGCAGGCCUUCCCCAGGACGUUGUCGUCGAUCUCCAUGCCAGGCAAGCUACGCCGUUCCAAACUGCAAAGUCCUGAGCCUCACGUGGCUUGCGAAGUCGACGGCUCUGAUCGUGGGGUGCAGUCGUAA